GCAUUUAUUUUUUGAAAAUAAAAAAUCAAAAAAAAUUUCCUUUUCAUGUUCGCCAGUCACGUUCGAUAUUUUUCCACAUCUCUGCGAUUGCGCGCCAUCAAAGUGCCUGACAACGCGCCUACGCUGGAAGAAAACUCUGCUUGGCUCAAAAAACUGGCUAGGUUCUCGAUUACUCCAAAACCUUCACGCCCCACAGAAUUGCCUAAAUCAACUUACGAGAUACGACAAGUUUCGGAGCUCGAGUCCGAAACAAACCCAGACUUCAUCAAACUCAGGCUCCCCGGUGGGAAACACGUCAAUGUGGUGAAAAAAGCAGAUCCGCAUAGCCAGCCAGGAACCUCAUUUUUUACGCUUUCGGUGCCCGCAUCCGACUAUUUCGUGGCAUCGUCGCCGUUUUCGAGACUGCCGUCCAGUAAACGUCCCAAGGCCGACUCUUCGCAGUCCUUUGCAGAUCUGAAGGUCGUAAAGGUGAGGUCGGGAAAGGGUGGAAAUGGAGCGGUUUCGUUUUUCCGAGACACGGGCAUUGCCGUGGGCCCACCUGACGGUGGAGAUGGUGGAGAUGGUGGCAAUAUCUAUGUGUCUGCCGUUGAGGGCCUGAGUUCACUUCACAGCAUCAAGGCCAAAUAUGUUGCAGGAGACGGUGGAAACGGCCAAAGUGGUCAACUGGAUGGGAAACGGGGAGAAGACGUGUAUAUACAAGUUCCUGUUGGGACAACCAUGAUGUGGUGUGCAGACCCCAAAGAAAUCCGUUCAUUAAGAGAUUCAGAGAACGAUCAGGUGUUCCAUGUAAAGGCAAGCGCCGGUUCGAGACGCGAUAGAGUUCCCAGAAAUAUCCAGUUUUUCAGAGACAGCUAUGAGCCGGGGAAGGGAUGGAUAUUCAAAGAAAAAGACGAACAGUAUCACAUGGAACGCGACUUUUUCGUAGACCUCAAUGAACGUGUCAAAUUAUAUGACGAAGACCAAAGAUAUCAUGAGCUCAUGGAUGACGUGUUUCCCAUCCAAGGCAUUGAUUUUGCAGAGCCAACCAAAGAGCCGAUUCUCGUUCUAAAAGGGGGUCGGGGAGGAAUGGGAAACAUGCAUUUUUUGACUUCCAACGUUCGCAACCCGCGGUUUGCGAAAAUGGGGCGCUCAGGCUUGGAGCAGAAUUUCAUCUUUGAGCUCAAACUAUUGGCAGAUCUUGGACUGGUCGGACUGCCAAAUGCGGGAAAGUCCACGCUAUUGCGCGCCAUUUCUAACGCUCGGCCACGUGUGGGUCACUGGGAGUUCACCACACUGCAACCUACAAUUGGAACGAUACAGCUGCGAAUUGAUCAGCCGUCUUUCACAGUGGCCGAUAUUCCUGGAGUGGUCAAGGGUGCCAGCGAGAAUAGAGGCAUGGGUCUGACUUUCUUGCGACACGUGGAGAGAUCGGGCGGCUUAGUUUUCGUGAUAUCUCUGGGUAGCGAGAAUCCUGUGGAAGAUUUGAAAGUCCUGCUUCAGGAAAUGGGACCUCAACGAAUGGAAGCUAAAAACGUGCUAAUCGUCGCCACAAAAGCGGAUCUGGACGGAGCAGAACGCCAGUUCUUGAAGCUCAAAGAGUUUGUGGAGCAACGCCGUUGGAAAAUUGUUCCGUGCUGUGCAAUGCGCAAAGAAAAUAUCGAGAGUGUCUUGGAAAUGAUGGCAGAGUGCUCUGGAAAAGUGGAACCUUAGUAAAUCUCCAUCUUGAAAGACAGCGCCAGCUCCUCAUAUAGACGUAAUAACGACGGAGAAUCUAUCUCACCGUAGUACUUUAGUGCAUCCAUCAUGUCGCUCAUUUUGGAGUAGUAUUUCUCUUCGUAACUCUUGAGUCCGGCUAUCAAGCGUCUCAUUCGGGUUUCAUUCUUUUCGGGAUCGAAUGUAGUUCCCGGCGACAGCUUUGAUUGGUUUUCUGUGAAGAGGUCUUUGUCCAUCAAAAUCAGCGUUUUUCUUAAAGCCAUCACGAAAUUAUGAUACAGAACAAUGAUUGCAAAUAGCUGAUUCACUAUUUGUGCGAGCCUGAUCUUGGUCAGCAUGGAUUCAGACAAAAUGGUGCUAAGGAAGGAUUUGAUUGACGAAAACACCGUUUCCAGUUCCACACUCGGGUCGGUCUUCAAACUCUCCAGCACAGUCUCCACUUUCUUCCAAUUCGCGUGCAUCACGUCGUAGUUCAGGUAGAACAGGCACAAGUUCACAAACGUCCGCAUCUUGGCAUGGACAACCCUGGCCUUCUUGAUCCACCGGCGCAAU